AUGGGCGAUAAGAUAGAUGACACGGCGGACGACUAUGUCGGCUAUGCCAACGACCCCAAGGGCAUUCCAACAAUAAAAUCUACCCUCAAGGAUCCCAUGAUCCCCAUCGAGCUGCCUGUCCGCGACAAUGUGCACGAGGUUGUCAUGAGGUAUAGGAGCCGGACAAUCCCAUGCCGCACUGUCAAGCAGACGCUGGUCGAUAGUCAAACCCCCGUUGCAAUUAAUCUCUUGGCCCUCCUCUUUCUUAGCCACUUGAUCAUCCCCAAAUCUCGAGUCUACACGAGGCCCUUCUUCGAGCUCUCCUACUACAACCCCGACACUGGACUGUAUGCAAACGGCGGAAACGACCAGUAUUUCAUCGCAUUUUUUGUCGUCCUCUUCACUGGUCUGCGCCAUGCUAUUAUGAGCUUUGUCCUUUGCCCUCUGGCGCGACGUGGCGGCAUCUCCAAGAAGAAAGACGUGGCUCGUUUUUCUGAACAGGCAUGGAACAUUAUCCACUACUCCGUCUUUUGGCCACUUGGUCUUUACAUCUGGUAUACCUCUCCCUACUAUCUCAACAUGACCGAGCUCUGGACCGGCUGGCCCAGCCGCGAGAUUAGCGGAACCAUGAAGUUCUACUUUCUUACGCAGCUGGCAUUUUGGCUUCAACAAAUGCUCGUCGUCCACAUUGAGAAGCAGCGCAAGGACUACUGGUUGACAAUUGUUCAUCACUUUGCCACCAUUUGGCUGGUUACCGCCUCGUACUCGUACCAUUUCACGCGUGUUGGCAACCUGACUCUCAUCAUCAUGGAUGUUGUCGAUCUCAUCUUUCCAUUGGCCAAGUGCGCCAAAUAUCUAGGCUACAGAAAGCUCUGCGACUGCCUCUUUGGCGUCUUUGUCGUCAUCUGGCUCACAACUCGCCACGUAUUCUUCCUCAUGUCUACCACCGGAUGGACUCUACUCGAGCCAUUUCACUCGCCACAAGGCAUGAUUUGUGCCAACAGCAGCAUCUUCUUCGGCUUCUUUACGUUCCUCAUUGCUCUACAGGGCCUCAUGGUGAUUUGGUCCUACGCCAUUCUCAAGGUCGCAGUGCGAGUCCUCAGCGGCAAGAACGCCGACGAUAUUCGUAGCGACGUCGGCGAGGACGAGAUGACCGAGUUUGAGGGCAGAGACCCGGUGGAGUUUGAGAACUUCGAUUACUGGGCCCGGGUUGUGUACGAGGCCAAAUCAGAGCCCAAGGUGCUGCUGGCAGAAAAGGAAAAAAUGAUGAGAAAAGGAAAGGAAACGCAGGCGGACAAAGGCGGUCUAAAUGGUUGGGAGUGCCACCAUAGACGCACACACGCCAUUUCGAGCGGUUUGUAUCUGCAUGGUCAGAAUGAGCACAAGGAGCUUCUCAACCGGCUUGAUGCCCAGCGUCGAUGGACUACCUGA